AUGUACUUGAAAAAUACUGUUUUGCUAUUUUUGUUGGCUGUCUUUUCCAAUACAAAAAUUUCAGUUGGCGCAACUGCUGAUACGAAGUGGUCCUUUCUGAAUUGGAACAAGGACUCAGCAAUUUCUUGGGAAGAAAAAUGGAAAAUUGAUCAUUGGGCUUACCCUAGGGAUCAUCAACAAGAUAUCACCAUUGUAAACGAUCCCCAAUACGAGACGAUAAAAGUAUUGCGUGUGACAUACCCUAAAGACUCUUAUAAUCCGUCUUCCUUUCCUGUUGGCGGCGUUGGAUUCUACGCAAAGCCGAUUCCUAUUCCCGAAAAAGCUCGAAUCAUUAAACUGACAUACCAAGUCUACUUCCCAUAUACAUUUGAAUGGAAACUCGGUAUGCUUUGA